AUGCCUAAAGAAGAAAGUCACAACUCACUCACGAGCAGCAUCAUAUGCUAAUCACUGCCUGAGUCUCACCUUCAUUCUCUUCUUCUUAUAUCUCAACUUCCAUUGUCGGCAAUUCAGAUCCAUCAUCCAACCAGGCACCAGCAGAGAGAUCAAGAAAUUAAGAUGGAACCGGCGGCCAGUUACAACAACAAGUUUCAUCAUCAUUUUAGUCUUCUUUUAUUUCUGGCGGUAAUAUCAUGCUUUGGAUCAUCGGUCGGAGCAUACACCAAUUACACCGUCGGCGGCUCUUUGGGUUGGUAUGACAAACUUCUCAAGCCCACCGUCGAUUACCAGAAAUGGUUAGUCGGCAAGAACUUCAGUCUCGGUGAUUUUCUCAUAUUCAACUCGGAUAGUAAUCACUCGGUGAUUCAAACGUACAAUUUCAACACAUACAAACGUUGCGACUAUAACAAUGAUCAAGAUAACGACACGACACAAUGGUCUGGGGCCGAUCCAUCCUCGACCACACCCCAGCCGGUGACAGUAUCAGUCCCUCUAGUAAAAGUCGGCAUGAAUUACUUUUUCUCGAGUGACUACGACGGGGAGCAAUGCAAGAAUGGGCAACGGUUCAAAGUAAAUGUUACUUACGGUCAAGGUCUACCUCCGAGUUUGCUUGAUUCUCCUGAUUCGUCUCCAGCUCCGAUUAGUCCUGAAUCUGGUGAUUCUGAGUCGGCACCUGAUACUUUAGUUCCUUCGAAUUUCAACAAUCCAAAAGAUAUCGACCAAACUGACGAUGUCAAAUCGAUAGCUACCGUAGUUACUGAAAAUGCACUGAUUGGAGUAUUAUUGAUGUUGCUGGGGAUUAAUUUGUUGGGUCUUAAUUAAUUUUGUGAUAAUGUUUUUAUAAUAUAUAGCGACGAAAAGUGCAUUUUUAUUUUUAUGUGUAUUCAUUUUA